AAUACUGACGAAUUAAAUUUUUUUAAGGUUAACUUAAAAGUUGAUGGACUUCGUUAGGCGCUUAACUUUGUGGCCUAAUGUUUUUGUGUAUGGCUUACCCAUCCUUUUACCUGAAACGCAUCAUCACGAGAAAUUUUGAGGUGCAGGAAUCGGAUUAUGUGUCUGUGCGGAACCAUACACACCAAAAAAAAAAAAAAAAACAUUCAUUACUCUACCCUCUUAAUUUGUCGUGAUAACUUGGCCCAUGUUUUGAUCUCCUCCCUUCUCACAAACCCCCUAAUUUUUUUACCAAAAAACAUAAUAUGUCACCCGUAGAGAAGACCACCUCCAUGAUCACGUGGACUCACUAGCUAAAGCGUUGUAAUAUGGUUGGACGACUUUUUGAUACUUCAUGAGUUUAGGAUAUAAUUUAAACAUAAAUGAACAUUUUAUAUUACAAUAAAUUAAUAACACCACAUGUCAGUAUAACAUAAAAAAAACGAAUGCGAUGAAUUAAAACACCACAUGUUAGUAUAACAUAAUUUGUUAACAAGUAAAGAAAAACUCCAUGAAACAUGCCACACUCGAAUUUAUAGGUUUUGUUGCAUACCACUCCUAAUAAGGGAGCUUUCUGUUACCACAAGUUUAUGCUAGAGAAAGGGCAAAAUUCAAUUUGGACUCUAAAUUUAGCAUUUCCUAUCAUUUUGACCCUAAACAUUUACUAAAUAUAUGCCUCGGAUCAGCCGCACUUAAUCCUAUAAAUAAAACACAAUUUCAAUCCUAAUUUUAAGUUCACAUAAAUAAAUUGCGUUUUCUUAACUAUUUGUUUAAAGAUACUACAAAAGACAAAAAUCCAAAAAAAAAAAAAAAAAAUGGCAAAGAUUGCGUUCGUGUUGAUUUUCACGUUGGUGUUGCUUAUGUCGAUCCAGGCGGUGUUGGGUGACGACGAUUUCGUGGAAACUGCCAAGGAUCACAUAAACACCGCUGCCACGGCCGCCAAAGAUGCGGCUGAUAGCGUGUCCAAAUCGGAUGCCUUUAAGGAAGCGAAGGAGACGGCGUCAACAUUGGGUGGUUGGUUUACAGACAAAUUUCAUGAUAUGGGUUUCGGCUCGGAUGACGACGACGACGACGACGACGACGACCAUGACAGCAGCUCAAAGGCACCGAAAUCAGGAUAAUAUGGUUGUUUUAACUGCCCAGUAAUCUUCAAUUUUUUACUGUUGUAAUUACUUUUUGGUUUGUUGGACUUGGACAAAGAUUUACCUAGUUGAAUCUUUACCUCAUGAGAGGAGUUGAGGCUAGAGAUGUUAGAUUCCCAUAUAUUAUUUGUAAAAUAAGAGAUUCAACAAUGUUGUAACUAAAGCAUAUUUAUGCAAUUUUUGCAUCCAACUUGUUUUUUAAUAUAA